AUGGUGAAGUACACCAUGGAGGACAUGAACUACUUGGUUAUGCUUCACCGGCGCAACCCGAAGAGCUAUAUAAUUCCCUGGCACAUGCAGGGGGGUGCAUGGGAUGUAAUAUGGCGCCUCGCUGACCAGCCAGGUGCAUAUUACAUCAAGAUUGAUGACGAUGUCGUCUACAUCGCCGACGGGGCGAUUGCUGAAAUGAUUCGGGAAAAGCGUCGUGGGAGAUUCCUUUUCGUAUCCGCAAAUGUCGUUAACCACGGUAUUCUUUCAGCGGUGCAUCAAGAAACAUCUGCGAUCCCCCACCUGGUGAAGCCUCCGAUUCCGGAGGGCCAGACGCCACAA